AUGGGCUCCGGCGCAUCUAAGUCGGCUGCGCAGAGCACCAUCCGCAAAUUCCCAAACAGAGCUCCUGGGUCAGCAGUCCCACCGCCCUCCUCGACGUCUCACGCCCCCAGGACAGCUGCAUCGUCGAGACCGCCACCACGAAAAAAGGCACAGGCCCCGCAGGCUUCUCUGGCCAAGAACGAAGCCAUCCUCCGAGACGGUUCUGACCCGCACAUGUCCUCGCCCCCAGAGAACAGCCUCCAACCAGGCCUUGCCGAGCGGCUGCGGCAGAUAGGCGUGGUCCAGCCCAACCCGACAUACUCGCCCUCGUCAACCGCAUCCCCGACGACGACGACGUCGUCGCCACAUGAGCCGUACGGGGGCGGCGCGGGCGGCGCGGGAGGGCCCGUCUUCCCGUCGCCGUCCAACAACCUCGUCCUCUUGGCGCUCGAGGCCCGCGCGAGACUGUCGCGCGAGGCCGAGGAGGAAUUCGAGGGCCUCGGCGUGUCGGGCGGUCAGGGCAGGAGGUUCCUCACGUCGGGCAUGAUCCGGGACGUGCUCGUCAUGCGGGAGCAGGGCGCUCGUGACGAGGAUAUCGAGCACCGCUUUAACCUGAGAAAAGGUGUGAUUAGCAGGCUGGGCCCGAGGCACAUGGUCCAGCCGCUGGGAGGCCCUGCUCCUUGA